AUGCUUGACCUGCAAUCAAUAUAUCGGUGCACAUUUGAACAGAUAUCCUAUCUMAAUACCAUUUGGGGUAUUACCUAUUUGGUGGGUGCUCUGGGUGUAGGAAUCUAUAGCAAGUUUAAUAAGUAUACAGUGUUUAUGUUAUGUCUAAUAGUCAAUGGUCUGACAUCAGUACCGUUUGCUAAUUUUAAAUACCUGAGCAUAUUAUACGUGGCCUACGGUAUCAAUGGUAUAGAUAGCGGUAUUAUUGAUAGUUUUACCACUGUAUGGAUGAUUGAAAUCUGGGAAACCAAAUGCGGACCGUUUGCAGAGGCACUACAUUUUGUUAUAAGUGUGGGUCAGAUAGUGGCCACACCGUUAGCCAAUCAAUUUUUAUCAACAAUUGUAACCAAUAAUGGUUCAGAUGAUGUUCAUACAACACCCUCCCGAAUAUGGAUACCAUAUCUAAUAGUGGGUGUCAUUAAUAUAGCUACGGGUAUAUGGUUUGGCGGUAUUGCUAUCUAUAGACAUAGAUAUUAUGGAUCGCGUGGUAAAAAACUGACAACAAUUGACAACACUUCCAACAACAACAACAACAUCGAUAGCAAACGGUUUAGUCAUUUAUUUAUCAAAACCCGUAAUCUGUUUGUCACACAACUGUCCUCAUCAAAGGUAGGCUGUGCCGUCCUAUUGAUGACAUGCUUGCAGUCGGCAAUUAUGUCAACACUUGUCUGGUAUUGGCAAACCUAUUGGACACCAUUCGCACAGUUUUCGUCGGACAAUCUAAUCAGCAAACAACUGGCCAACAAUAUGCUGACCGCUUUCCAGAUUGCUGUUGCCGUUAGUCGGGCAGUGUUUAUACCACUGUCCGUAUAUGUGUCACCUGUUUUCCGUAUUUACUUUAGUUUCGUAGUAUUGAUCGUAUCGGUCGUAUUGUUUGUUAUUUACGGAAUUAGUUCGCUAACUAUCCUAUGGUUAGGUAAUGUCCUAAUGGGUGUAGGACUGGGGCCCAUACAGGCAUCGUAUUAUCAAUUACUGAGAGGUAUACUACCGGUGACCAACAUGUUCGGAGCCAUUGCUACUUUUCUGAACGGCUUAUUUCAGGCCAUAUUUUCAGCCGUAUUGGGUCACUAUAUCGACAACAAUCCUAUAAUAUUUAUCUACUUGAGUGUAGCCUUAUUAGAUGCUUAA